AUGUCGGCACUGCGGGCGCGAGCCUUCCCGGUGCUGCUUGGGGCAUUGGUGCUUCCAAGCGUAGGUGGCUUGCGGCCUGCCUUCGAGGAUCAUGUGGGCACCAGAGUGGAAACGGAGCAGCGAUUCGAGAUGGUGAAGUCCUUGAUGCAGACCUACUCCUCUCAGGGACGUUUACUGGAUCGGCAGCGCGUGAAUCGCUCCAGUGUUUCGUUGGACUUUGAAAUCGAGUUGAAAGGAAGUCGAUUGGUGAUGACCCCCCAGCUGGUGCUCCUGCGCGGAGGAGUUCAGCCCAAGCGUCCGCUGUUCCCCCAGACGUCCAAGUGGUUCCAAGUGGGCUUGGAUGGCGGCAUCUACCUGCACGGUCAGGAGAGACGCCGCACACCUGCGCAUGAGCGGUGGAAGCAAAGCGCCAGCGCCCUCAUCGAGCUGCAAACUGAGACCAUCGCGCCCGCGGAAAUCGAAGAUCUUUUGCCCGAUCUGCAACGCUGGCUGCGGAAGGUGAACGCUUGUGGAUCUCAGCGUCGCUGCUUGCUGCCUCGUCCAACGUCCACGGCGGCCUCUUCGACGGUCGCGCCCGCGGUGCACUUCACGCAGAGGCCUCUUCGACGGUCGCGCCCGCGGUGCACUUCACGCAGAGGCGAUCGGUGGAGUCUUGGAAUGCUCCAGAGACGGUGCAGUUCACCAUUGGCCUGGACUUGUCAAAGGUCUUCCGCUGGUUGA